UGUCACCUUUGUCACCUGUCAGUUCGUCCUUCCUUUUUCGUCUAACACAGCCGCAUGACUCGUGUAAGAAAGAGAUAGACUGCAUCUACGUGUGCCGAAACUCAUAUGUUCAGAAAAAGAAAGUAAGUUUGUGUAGAUAGUGGAAAUUAAAAUCAUCUAUAAUGUUUUUUUGUGAAAUAUCGAAUUGUUUGGAUUACUGUUUGUUCUAAAUAUUGAAAUAUAGUUAUAUAAACUUGUUAACCGGACACACUAGCUUGUAAGCCAGCUAAUUCCAGAGAAAAGGAACAAAAUGAAAGUCACCACCAAGAUCAAUGUUGAGUCUUGAAAUUCACAACAUAUGUUCUAUCAAAUUGUUGUUGAAGGGUGAGGCAUGUCUUGGAUGAAGAAGAAACAUGCCGGGACGCCCAGCCCGGCAGUAACACCCCCUGUGCAAAUGUACAACCCCAAUCAACAUGAGAGUCAGUGGCAUAAUCAGCAAGUCCAUGAUAAUUGGUACAAUCAGAGUCAACAACAGCAACAGCCGCCACAGCAUAACCUGUACCAGCAACAAGUACCCAAUCAAGAACAGCAGAUGCCACAGAACUAUUAUCAGCAUUACCACGCAUACAAUCAACAGUAUGGUCAACAGCAGCAACCUUACCAGCAGAAUCAACAGCAACAACAGAGUGGCGCUGCAGGAUACUAUCAAAAUACUCCAAACUACAACAGUCAGCAGCCCACGUAUGGUAAUAUGCAGUACAGUCAGACGUAUGACCAAAAUAACGUGUUUGGGGAGGUGCAGCAACAAGAUAAGACAGAAAAAGAUGCUUGGGGGGCCUGGGAGUGGGGUGACGAGGAUAAUUCGAAUGUGCAGCAACAGCAGCAACAGAAUAGUGUGAAAGAAAGUACUUCAACAGGUGCUAUAGACGAUGCUUUUGCAAAUGACGAAUCGUGGAAUUGGGGUGUGGAAGAUAGUAAACCAAUCAUGCCUCAAGCAGCUAGUCAUGUACCACCUACUCCAACAGAUUCGAAUGUUCAAGAAUUAUUUCCUUUGGUUGGGCAAGCAACUACAGACUCUGUGAAACCUGAAAAUGACUGCAAUGUGCCUAGUAAAAUGCCUGUUAUGCAGGAUAGUAUGAGUAAGCGGGGAAAAUUGGAAACUCCUCAGUGGUCUACAGAAUCCCAGAUGUCGCAGGAAUCGUCGGAUGAUGUGGUUCAUACAUCUGAAAAAGAAAUACAUAUGAUGAUGUCUCACAGCGCUGCUGUUGGGUAUACACUACCUACGCAGGCGCAGCCACAGAUCGAAGAUCCAACCUCGAAACCGGAGCCGUCGUACGACCAGCAACAGUUCGAAAACAAAGAGAUCGUUCCGACGGUGCCGCCUAAGGCCAAUGCCACGCCUCCUCUACCGCCUAAAGUCAAUGCUACCAUCCCCCCGCCACCUGUCAACACACUGACGCCUUCGUUGAACACGCAGACACCCCCCUUGAACACUCUACCACCACCAGGAACAUUCGGCGAGGACUCGAACCCUUACAAACGCAACACUGCUCUUUCUCAUAAGACGGUUAGCAAGUUCAGGACGGCGAACGUCAGUCCGGCGGAGUCUAGGCAGAACUUCGGAUAUCAGCAGCAGGUGAAUUUGGAAACGCCGCCGGAUAAUUCGGAGCAGCCUGAUCCUGUGCCGCCUGGCCAGAGCUUCGUUAGGGUAAAGCCAACAUCAAGUCUAACCCAACAUCGCCCUGAAAAUAAUGAAGCACCCUUGAUCAACGACAGGAACCAAUAUCUAGAGACAGGUCAACUGUCGGAACCUUUGUCCGGGGACUAUACUUCAGAAUCGCCAGCGAGACAAGAAAGUGAUACCUUACCACCGCCUGGUCUGAAGCGAAUGGUAUUAGGCCAAACUGAAGGAGUAGGAAAUAUUGGAGUUGGGCAAAGUGAUGAUAUCAGUUCCCAGUAUCUGAGGCGUAUGGUGCCCGGUGAAUCCAGUUCUCCAGAACAGCGUCGUGUGGAAGAUGACGACUCUGAAGCUGAAUUCGAGCACAUUGGGCAAACAGGAUCUGUUUCUUCUGCUCCUCAGCCACCUAGAUCAGCAACCAUAGGGGCUGACACGCCUCCUGCUGUUACUGCAGUUAGUCCACCUAGUACGAACGGUGGAGGGGGAAGAUCAGCAAUUAUUGGCGCUCAGGAUGGAGUAGCUGGAAGGAGUAGAGGUGUUAGAUCCGAUAAACCUCAGCGCAAACCCUCCAAAGAAUCAGAUUCUACCAGAAGAGACUCUAUAGAAGGGCAAACUCAGGAUCCGGAAGUAUCAAAUCUAUCGAAUUCUGUUAGAAACCUGAUUGUAAACGAGAGUCUAGCUGAUGAUAGGGUUUCGAAUACUAGUCACGCGGACUCGGGAGGUCGAAGGCUCAGUAGACAGGAAAGUAGUGAUAGCGAAAGAGAAAACAUUAGUCUCUCCAGAGGACAGAGAGACAGACAGUCAUCUGAGAGAGGCAAGAGAGACAAAGAUAGGGAUAAGGAUAAACCACCUCGAGAUAGAGACAGAGAACGUACGUACGAUCGUAGGCGUUAUAAAGAACGAAGGUAUGAAGAAGAUACAGACUACUAUAGUGACAAAGAAAAGGAGAGACGUCAAGCGAGAGAAGAUAGGGAUAGAGAGUAUGAGAAGAAGUAUGCUAGUCUUAGAAGAGAGAAAGACAAAGAUAGGCGACGGAAAGAUGGGAGAGAUCACAGAGGGAGAGGGGAAUAUUAUUAUGGAAGUAGGUUUGAAGACGAUUAUGAUAACGAAAGAAGCUCUAGACCGUCGAGUAGAUCAGAUUCGAUGCAUGAUUCCUAUAGGGAUAGAGGACAUGAAAAGGAUUACAGAGAUAGAAGGCAUAGAGAUAAAUACAAAAGGCAUAGGGACCCUAGAGAAUCUUUCAAUCCAUACCAGGGAUUCGCUUACGACCCUUACAACCCGUACUACCAACAAUACCAAUACUACGAGAACUUGAGACGGACUAAUCCUCAAGCGUACGCCGAAUGGUACCGCAAGUACUAUCAGCAGGCAGCUGGUAGUACUGCCUCGUACGGCGGUGAAGAUAGAGCUUCUGUACAUUCCGGUAGAAGCUCUGCCAAUGACGAACUUGCUAAAGAAAGGUACAUGAGGCAGAGCUUUUAUAAUCAGUCCAGUGCGCAGUCGUCGUAUUAUGGGGACAUGAGGGCUCAGGCCACGCCCCAGUAUGGACUAGAUUCCUCUAGCUAUUCACGCCCGUACGAUCAAACCGACAACAGCCUGCUAUUGGACGACAGCAGCAUGAACGUCCAACGAUUAACCCCAGCCAAAUUCGCUACGGCUCAUCUGAAGGCAUCGAUCACUUCGGGCAGGUUGUUGAGGGUUCUGCCACACUACCCCAUGGACGGCCAGAAUGCCACUGUCGAGCUUUGCCAUAUGAACAUGUUGUUAGCUGAUGAUGAAGGCUACAAGGAGCUGAGCGAAUUUCCAGGGCCACUCGUAAAAGGCACAACUCACAAAAAGACUAUUAUUGAGUAUUGUGAAAAUAAGAUUAAAAAUGCUUCUCACAAUCAAGACAUAGUAGAUGCCGAGUCAUAUAUUCUAAUGUGGGAACUUUUGAUUUUAUUAGUUAGACAAAAUGGGAUGGUCGUGGGCACCGAUAUAGCUGAAUUGCUGCUGAAAAACAGACGCGUUGCACCUCCAAGACCUCCUUCGGUUCUCUCUACGACAAGCAGUAAUGCGGCUGAGGCCAAUUUGAAUUCCGAAGCCAGCAAUAAUGCGGUGUCGAAGAGUCAGAGUGUACAGUCUCUGUUGAAAGAGGAAGAGGUAACUAAUAAGUUCAGGGAAUAUUUAUUGUAUGGGUCUGGAAAGGAAGCACUUGAAUGGGCGAUGAAACAUGGAUUAUGGGGACAUGCACUAUUUCUAGCUAGUAAAUUAGAUAAACGAACUUACGCAAAUGUAAUGAUGAGGUUCGCUAACGGCUUAACAUUGAACGAUCCUCUACAAACGCUCUACCAGCUGCUGUCAGGAAAGAUGCCUGCUGCCGUAUCUUGUGUUGCUGAUGAAAAAUGGGGCGACUGGCGACCUCACCUAGCCAUGAUUCUCUCGAAUUCCACUCAACGGCCAGAGUUGAACUGCAAGGCCAUCACCGCAUUAGGUGACACCCUACGUGGACGGGGAAACCUGUAUGCUGCCCAGUUCUGCUAUCUGAUGGCGGAAACUGGAUUUGGUUCUGCAGAAGAUCCGGAAGCAAGACUCGUGCUGCUGGGCUCUGACCAUAGGAAGACACCUUAUCCUCUUUAUGCCACAGCCGAAGCUAUACAUAUGACGGAGAUAUACGAGUACGCAUGUGGAUUGAAUGAUCCCGGAUUUGUUAUUCCACAGUUUCAGGUGUACAAAUAUUUCCUAUCUACCCGCCUAGCAGACUACGGUCUCCUGGAGAAGUCCCUAAAUUAUUUAGAGAAGAUUUCCAACUUCAUCACCUUAGACCCCGCGUCUAUGCAACAAUCCUUCGUGGACAACGUCUGUGAGUUGGCUGACAGACUGAAAUUCCAUGAUCCAAUCGGUGAGGAAGUCCUGGAAGAUGAGUCUCAAUUUGGAGGUGGAGGAUUGGAGACCAACCGGCCAGACCAUUCAUGGUUGAAAGAGUUGAGGGCCGUACAAGAUGGUUUUCGUACCGGAGUUAUCACGCAUCAGGUUUACCAGGAGCCAGAUCUGACCCUUAACACAUAUGAUUCUGGAGGUGGCAAUGAGACAUGGCAAUCCCCUGUGGAUCAACAAUAUCAGACCAUGAAUUUGCAGCAACAGUCGUGGCAACAGGAUUCUUUGCAGGGCUGGCAACAACAAGAACAGUCACCAAAUCAACAGUCUCAACAAACGCCAGUGCAACAGGACACAAAUCAGCAACAACAAAAUGCUGGUGAAAUGGUUUAUCUCCGCUGGAGCCCUAGUUUGGCAGAAAUAUAGUGAAAAAUACAAUUGACAAGGGGUCAUUCACGUAUUACAGUUUUCACAAAAUCUGUAUCAGCAGCAACAACAGCAGAACUAUUGGCCUAACCAGCAACAAUGGAGCGAGCAGACUCAAAAUCAGUAUGUGGAAGAAAAUGCUGAAAAACAGCAGAAUUAUUAUGGAUCCAAGAAUGCUCAAGCAGAGCCUAGCGAGGUGCACAAAGAAUCACCAGAAGAACAGGCGCCGCAGAUUUCAUUACCUAAUCAAAAACAGCGAGGCUUCGAGGAUAGAGAAGAUGAGACAGUUGACAAGAAAGCUAGUCCUGUGAAGCCCAAGCCGCAGAGCCCAUCCAAAGAGACCACUCAGAGCACUGGCUGGUUUGGUGGAAUUUUUAGUAGACUGGCUAUGAAACCGAAGAAUCAAAUGAAGUUACCUGAUGAUAAAAAUCCGAAGAUUGUCUGGGACCAAGACAAAAAGCGGUGGGUCAACAUCGACGAAGAUCCAAACGAUCCGGCAAACGAGAUAAAACCUCCACCUAAAAUGGCGGACUUGAUGCCCAACAUACCGCCUGCAGGUCAGCAGAAUCCAUCUGGAUUCCAGCAAAUGGCUCCAGCUCCAAUUCCUAAUGCAACGCAAGCAGUUGUACAGCAAAUAAGACAAGCUCCUUUGCCUGAUGAUAACGGAAAUUUGAUUCCAAAGGGUCCGCCGCAACCCAACAUUUUUAAGAUGCAAAGGAGCAGAAACUUGAAGAAUUCCUACGUAGAUGUGUUCAGUCAAGGUGGUGCUGCCAAACCUGCUCCUACGACUGGUCCCGCACCAGUUCCAGCACCAGCCGCGCCAAUGAGUACUGUGCAGCCAAUGAACUUCUUUAUACCACAGCCUAUGGGAGACCCUAAUGCUCCUGUUGAUUUUCUAACUCCUGGAGGAGUGCCACACAUGGGUGAGCAGCAGAAAAGGAAAUCUAACGAUUAUUAAGACAUCGAGAAACGUGAUGUAAGAAUGAGUUUGAUUCCUUUAAUAUGCAUGACUUUUACGAAUGUCUGCCUGCAAGGGAAAACGAUCAGGGAAGUUAACGCAACCAUUUUGUGUAUUAUUUUUUUUGUCGUUGGAAGCUUUUUUCUGCAUCAAUUGUUGGCUGAUGGCUAACAAUCAUACGGGCACGGCCAUAUGAAGGGGGUUUAAAACUAGUUUUGUUCAAUUUUCUCGAGACUAUUGACGAUAAAAGUAAGUUAUGGUGGCGACUGUCCUGUAAGAGUAACAUUACAUUCCGGCGAGCAGGUAGGACCAAAUUUCUGAAGCAUCCAGUGCUCGCGGAGAACGUCUUCCUUGGAUAUUCUGACUACCCGGAUUGUCUCCCUGUAACGUGUCACGUUAUAAUGUGUGGGUCUUUCCACCGAUUUUGGCGGGUCACACAAAACUACUGGUAUCAUUUUUAUAUCUCAAUCUCCCUUACACAUAGUACAUGCAACCUCUGUUUGCGGACGUUUGUAUAAACUCACAGACAUAUGUUCCUUAAUUUCUGUUUUGUCUCGCGCCUCAAAAAUUUUGCCGUUACUUAUGAGUGUUCUAAAACUACUCAUACCACUGUCAUGGGCGCGCAAUUUAAGUUUUGCUAGUCCUCCAUAUUACAUAAGUAUUAAAUCCCCGCAUUAUUUCGAAAGUUUCCUGCGACACGUUCCAGGAGAUCAAAGAAAGAAGUUAUUGGUGACCACUAAUAUGACCUAGAUGAUGACCUCAGAGGUCAUUUGGAGGACAGCUUCAUAAGCUCAAAUAGCAACAAAUUUUGACAGCAAGUUCGUAAUCAACCCGUUCUUCUCAUAGGAAUCAUUUUUCAUACGUGAGGUCAAGCAGUCAUAAGUCGCGAACCAGUGUUGCUUGACAUGAGUCAAGCUGUUUCGUCAGCAUAGUACACUAGCACUCUGGAAACUUGGCAGUGACGAUUUUUUUGAACAAGGUCCCAAAAAAGUUUCGUUUACGUCAUCUUAGAUUCGCCCCUGAUACCUCCAUAAACACGGUUAAUGACACGGGCGUUUAUUGCCUACUCCAAGAGCCAGUAGCAGCUAUGUUAAAGAUCGGUUUGUGGAGUGUGAAACUUCCCUUCCGAAAGUUAAGUUCCAUUCAUGAUGCAAUUAAUAGAUCGGGUUACUUAUUUUGUAUGACAUUUAACCGCCAAAAUCCGUGAAAAGAGAUGCUUAGGCCAUUCGCCAUCUUGAAACUUGAAAGAAAAGUUAAACAUGUUCCCAUUUUUUUCAGAUAAGUUCGCGAUCUAUAUAGACUGCGGUUACUUUCCUUUACUUGAAUAUGUUCAAGGAUUUUGUUCGAUUUGAGCAGCGACCACCACUUAUUGUCAUUUAAAAAAUUACACACAUCAUUCUCAUGACUCAUCAUUAAUGGAUCAUUUCGUCUUCGUUGACAUGUUUGGUUCUUAAUGCUUGUUUAUCAGCAGGAUCAGUUAUUCAACUAUUCAGAAAUGGACAAUAUUCAAAAACAAAACAAUGAGCAUAUUCGACAUUUUUUAUUAAUUUGAAUGUGUGACAUGUUGAACAACGUUUAGUUUAUAUGGAUAUUUUUGAAUUUUUUCUAAGUUUUUUUAGAUAAUAAUUUUGCAUUACAAGUGAAAUAAGAAGUUAAUAUAUUUUCUGCCAAAGAAUUAGAAGUAUCAAGAAUGACGUACGGUGCUUGCAUGAACUGCUUUUUUUCCUAACACCAUUUUUGUAAUAAUACCACAUAUUAUAUAUUAUUUGGUGUCUGGCUUAUACUUUUUGUUGUGGUUAUGGAUAUAGAUGUCUAGAUGGAGCUCGGCUAGUUCAUUGUCACGGGAGGUGCAGUCCUAUAUGCAACCAAAACGAAAGCAAAAAUUGCAUCCACGGUAAACCCGUAUCGCUUUGCUUCACUAUCACGCCUUAUUUAUUUUUUUAGGGUAGGUAUUUUUAGGUGUACAAUCAUCUGACUGAAGCAACAUUGAGGUCAAGAAUUUGAUUUUUUAUCCAUAUAUUACAUCAUUAUGAAAAAAUGUCGCUAGGUGGAGGAGUUUUUUGGUCAAAAGAAAAAUUGUUUUCAUAUUCAUGCGGAUUAAUGUAUCAUCCUUUUUAAACUGUUUAGCUGAACCUCAAAACUAUGCAACCGUUGUGAAAUUCACAAAAAGGUUUAAUUUUAUAUUUUUCUUCGAAAUCUUAGAGCCACAAAGGCUACCGAGGUGGCCCAAACAUUAAUAAAUCUUUUUGAUUCUACAUCAAUGAUUUCAUUUUGCCGUCAGUGCAGUAUUGAGAUACACUAUUUUCACGAUGCUUUAUUAUGACAAAACAUAUCAACAAAUAUCAGCUGAUUAUCUGGCGACAUUUAAAAUACCUCAUAUCGUCAAGUGACACAAUUCUGAGGUCUGUCGACAGAGCCGUAUCGAAAAGGCCGGGUGUUCUGUGGUCGCGUUUUUUUUUUUUGUUUGCAGUGAUUCAUGCUUUCUACCAACUCUAUUAUGCGGUUUAUUGCAUGAAGUUCGUAUACUGUAUCAGUGGACGUAGGUAUGUGAACCUACUUUUCAUCAGUGGUGUAACUAGUUCUGAAUACAAUCCUGAUUUUCACCAGAUUGAUUAUUUACCAACACCCAUUUAUAAUGUCAGUUGCUGAACAGCUGUUUGCCUCAAUAGACGUCCAAACGUACUGAAGUAUCGUGGUAUAUAGUGAUCAGACUAAAUUAUUCUCUUUGUUGGGAAGUAAAUGACCUCUAUGUUUUUUCAGAAUAUGUACUUCAACCAAGAUCUUAUAACCCAAGAAACUAACGUGUUUUAUGUUCUUUGAUUACAGGUGCAAUAAAUUGUUACAAGGAGAAAUAUCGUGCUGAUUAUAAUCCGUUAAGUUACACUUGGCAUUAUCUGGUUGUAAAAUAUUUACAUUUUGGUGUUGGAUAGGAUAGAUGAGAUUAAGCGAAAUAACAUAGGCUGUAAUGAGGUUGUAACUGAGUCUAAAUACACAUCACAUAGUCAGUCUGGAAUCUACAUUAAAUAUAUGUAUCUAUAUGAAAUAAAAACAUUUUGUAAAGUUUUUGUCAUUGGUGCAAUCAGAUACUGCCACAUUCUGGUGGAGCGUUUUACAUAUGUAUAGAUUUUAUCAAUUUGAUCCUGUGAUCACUUAAAGUUUUUACUGUUUUAGGAAAAAUAUUAUUAUGUAAUUUAUAAAGGCAAAUAUAUUAAUCAAAAC